AUGAUAGAAAAACUACUGUCUAAGUUGGAAGACCUUACAAUCAACACAACUGCCAAUCCAACCGCUAGCACCUCACAACCUGCUCCUACUAAGAAGUUGACUCCCCAAAAGGCUGUCAACAUCAGCACUGCAACACCGGUCAAAGGCCCUAGCAGGGCUGUUUCAGAGCCACCCCCAAGCUUAUCAAGGACCAAAUCCACCACUUGUGCAUCAAAACCUUCAUCUACAAACCCUCCAAGGAGACGUCCCCAUCAAGUGUUCAGUACCAAACACCCACUGGGCCACAGAAAGAACGAGGACACCUUCCAAAUUCAUAUCUGA